AUGGCUGCGAGCAGUGCACUGGAAGCGCACUCACACUAUAUCUUCUCAGGCGUCAGCCUAGUAGUGACGCAGUGGGCUGUAACGUUGACCGUAUGGGCUGAGGGCUUCUGGCGCGACGGCAACGGGACCAUGGAGACGGUGGAUCGCUUCAUGGAUGGGCUAGCCACGACUACAGACAUCCAAUGCGAAGGCUCUCGGACAAAGCCACUGGUCUUAGGCGGCAGCUCGGACAAGUGGCGAGAGAAACCUGCAUCGUCGUCCAUUGGAGGUACCUGGCAUUUGGGGCUGCUGUCAUGGUUCUGGAAACGGUAUUUCUGGUUGGCGUCUCGUGGUCAGUCACAAGAAGCGGAGGAAGCGGACUGGAAGUCGUCGUUUCUCGGGCUGCUGCUGCCUCGGGAUGGUUACCACGUGCCGGACGAUGCCAUCGAGGAUCAAGCGCGGCUGCGCAAGGCGGCAAGGGCCGUCUCCGUGUCACUGGCGAAGCAUGAUGAGCGGUGGAGUCUGGAAACGACCAAGUCUGUGCAGCCACAAGACACAGAAUGA